UUUCCUGUUAAGUUAUCACAUGUGCCGCCUCUGUCUGCUAUGUAUAUAAACCAAUUGUAGUAAUAUUGUCUAACCUCCAAAGAAAAGAUGUGCUAAAAUUAGUUUGUUUUGACUUUUGUCGAUGUAAUGUUCUAUUAUAAUUACAGGAAUUGCAUAACAUUUAGUAAAUAAAUCGCGUAAAAUGAGUUCUGGUUUGAUACUGGCGGGCCUAGGGCUUGCUGCUGUCGGUUAUGUCGGCCGCUACGCUCUCAGAGCUGCUCCUCAGAUGUCUCAGAAAAUGGCUGAAGCUCUCAAGGCAUUGCCUAAAAUAGAAGGAGCUAGUUUUGCAAAUAGCAAGUAUUACAAAGGCGGUUUUGAACAUAAAAUGUCAAGAAGAGAAGCAAGUCUGAUUUUAGGUGUUUCACCAACUGCAAAUAAAAUCAAAAUCAAAGAAGCACACAAGCGAGUGAUGUUAGCGAAUCAUCCCGAUAGAGGAGGCUCUCCUUAUAUAGCAGCGAAAAUAAAUGAAGCAAAAGAUCUUCUCGAAAAAGGAAAAUAAUUUUAGUGAACUUAGUAUAUAAAAUUUGUAAAUUUAAAAUCACUAGUUCUAGCUGUUUGUAUAUUAAAACAAAAUUUAAUAUACAUAGGAAUCUUUGAUUUUAAAUAGUGACAUCCGAAGAAUUAAGAAACUAUCAAAAAAUGAUUAUUUUUUAAAUUAUGUUGUCACAUAAUAAAUUAUCUAUUAUUAUUGCUAUUACAACUACUACAGGUAUUAUAUAAACUUAUCAAAUCUUACUACCAGAGUAAUUUAUUAUUCCAUUUACAAAUUGAAAUAAAGCUUACAUGCCUAUGAAAUUAACUUUUCAAAAACAUCGUUAUAGACUGAAUUCACUAUUAGAAUUAGAACCAUUUCUGUAAAUAUAUAGCUUUUUAGUGUCUAUGCAAAAUGAAAUUUUGUAGAUGUGAAUAAAGUUGUCUAUUUUUGCAUA